AAGAUGUGUGGGCCGAGGGGGAGGCGCCUGGGAAUACUGCUGAGCUGGGGCUUUCAGGAGCUGGACGCACCAAGAACAGGGAGUUCAACCGCUUGGAAGGAUGGGUCAGGACCAGGCUGUGGGGAGGUCAUUCAGAUUCUAGGAGAUAAGUUUCCAUGCACAUUGGUGGCACAGAAAAUUGACCUGCCGGAAUACCAGGGUGAGCCAGAUGAAAUUUCCAUACAGAAGUGUCGUGAGGCUGCACAUCAGGUGCAGGGGCCUGUCCUGGUGGAGGAUACCUGUCUGUGCUUCAAUGCCCUUGGUGGCCUUCCUGGCCCCUACAUAAAAUGGUUUUUGGAGAAGUUAAAGCCUGAAGGACUACACCAGCUCCUGGCCGGCUUCGAGGACAAGUCAGCUUACGCACUGUGUACGUUCGCGCUCUGCACCGGGGACCCCAGCGAGCCUGUGCGUCUGUUCAGGGGUCGCACCUCAGGCCAGAUUGUAGCUCCCCGAGGCUGCCGGGACUUUGGCUGGGACCCCUGCUUUCAGCCUGAUGGAUAUGAGCUGACGUAUGCAGAGAUGCCCAAGACAGAGAAGAAUGCCAUCUCCCAUCGCUUCCGGGCCCUGCUGGAGCUGCAGCAAUACUUUGGCAGCCUGACGCCUGGGGCUGAAGGUGCCAUGGGCUGGGGAUCUGGGGAGAUCUAGCUGGAACUUCAUCCAGCGACACCACCGUGCCUCACCAGGCGUUCAGUGGGGCUGCGGAGGCAGCUUUACCAUGGUCUAGAAGAGCCACGCCUCCUUUCACCGACAUUCUGGGUAGGACACCACCAGUCUCGUCCUUGGGGAUUCAGCAAUUACUCCUAUAGUCGCCAAGCUGGAACCCUGAGUGAUAAAACCAGUCUUGGCAAAAAAAAAAAAAAAAAAAAAAAAAGUCUUAGCAUGAUUGAAGGUUUGGUAAAGAACUGGGUAAACAGCCUUGAUGUUUUUAAAAUGCAGCAAAUAAAAAUUCUGGAAGGAACUUAUUUCCAAAAUAAACUGGAUGUAUUUGCUUUGAA